CCUCGAGCUUUAAGAAUAAGAACCCCUCCCCCUCCAUCAAUCUCACCGGAGAUCGCCAUCGCUGAUCUUUUCAUAAAAAACAAUCACAUCGAAAAUGCAUCCAAUUAACGUCGCACCCCACACUGAAAUUCCCGGAGAAAAAACCCACGUCGGCACCUCCCUAGUCGACACCGCCGCCUCCACCAUCCAAUCGUUCGGCCCACCCAAACAAAUCCACCAACACCUCUGCGCAUUUCACUUUUACGCCGACGACAUGACGCGACAAGUGGAAGCGCACCACUACUGCGGCCAUCAAAACGAGGAAAUGAGACAGUGCUUGAUCUACGAUCGUCCAGACGCCGACGCCCGGUUAAUCGGAGUUGAAUACAUCGUAACAGAAAAACUGUUCUUAACCUUGCCGGAUUCAGAAAAGCCGAUGUGGCACAGCCACGAGUAUGAGGUGAAGAGCGGCGUCCUUUUCCUUCCCGGCGUCCCUGGUCCUGUUGAGCGGCAAGAUCUGGAGAAGGUGGCGAAAACUUACGGGAAGACGAUUCACUUUUGGCAGGUGGAUAGAGGCGAUCAGCUGCCGUUAGGUCUACCGCAGAUGAUGAUGGCUCUAACUCGUGAUGGCCAACUUUACCCUAAUCUUGCUAAAGAAGUGGAGUCUCGCUAUGGCGUUUCGUUCCAAAAGGAAAGAGAAAACAGAGCGUAUAUGGAAGGUUUAUCCCAAGGAAUUCACCCAAAAGCAAACGCCGGUGGAGUCGGACUCAAAACUGUUGUACGAGAGAUCGAUUGCAAGCCUUCCGGCCACCCCACUCUGGAACCUAUUCCUAGGGUUUUCGUUUGA